GCAUGGAGCACUUCCCAAGUUUCUGCCACCAAUCAUCUCACGCUGAAAGGACACGGUCUCGCAGAGCAAACCCCAGAAGGUAAACCAACGGCAUGGCGCUGCAACCAUCGCUACGUGCGCUGCAGCUCGGCGCAACCGACGCACCCAACACGCUCGAGUUCUACAUCGACUAUGUCUGCCCCUUUUCCCGCAAGGCGGUCCUCGGCCUGCGUGACUACGUCAUCCCGCUGCUCUCAUCAGGCCAGUUCAAGCUGAUCAUCCGGCCAUAUGUACAGCCGUGGCAUUGGACGAGUACGCUCACCUCUGAGGGUGCCCUCGCAAUCGCCAAGCUAGCCUCACACAACCCGCCCGAGCAGCUCGCAGACCCGUCACGCAACGCCUUCUGGCUGUACACCGUCGAGCUCAUGGAGAAACAGGAGCAGUUCUUCGAAGCCGCCGCGCGCUCCAAGUCCAGCGACGGCAUCCGGCAGGAGCUCACCACGCUUGCCGUUGGACUUUUUGGCGGCGGCGGACAGGGCAGCUCGGCGUCCAGCGGCCAGGUGCACCUGGACAUCCUCCGUGGUCCCCAGGGUGGCGUACCCCUCGGGCAGGCCAUCAAGGACCUGCUACGAGUCGCAAAGGUUGGCAAUGCCGGCAACUCAGUCGGCGCCGACGUUAAGUACUGCAACAAACUUGGCCGCCAGAACGGCAUCCACGUCACGCCAACCGCGCUUUGGAACGGCGUCGUCGACGGCGCCAUCUCCUCUUCGUUCAGUCAGAAGGAGUGGAGGCAAUGGUUCGAGCAGCAGCUCGGUCCGAGCAAGCUGUGAAUGCGUCGGACACACAAGCCCAGGCUAUAGGCAGAGUUUCAUUUGAAAACGGAUGUACUGAUCUGGUGGGCAAGCAGGCUCGCGAGCACGCGCAGCAGGCACAGGUUGCAAUGCGGACCACUACAUGAUGACGAGACUCGAUGUUACACACGAUAGAUGCGGUAGCCAAGUUAAUGG